AUGUUGAAUUUUGAAUCAAUCAAAAAAAAAGAUGGGGAUCAAAUUUUCUCUAGUUAGCACUCCUUGGAUUUUUUGCCUGUGCGUAGUGCUGGUCAAGAGGGAACAGCAAAAACCAACCCUAUAUAUUUAGGAUAUAGCAAAAGGAAGAACUAGUCAAGCAAAACAGUUGGGUUCCACUAAUUUUAUUAUAAAUAGAGUAUAUCCAAACCAUUUACCUAGCAACAGGUAGAACGAGUCAAGCAAAACAGUCCUAGUUAGCAAGCAAUAAGAAAGGUAAAAGUGUACGGUCUUCCUCUAGAGCCGGGAUUCGUUGCCUUCGCGUGGUCUUCCUCUAAGAGAGCCGAGAUUCGUUGCCUUCGCGUAGAAGGUCUUCCUGUAGGAACCGGGAUUCGUUGCCUUCUCGUUAACUCCCAUCCAUUCCUGCAAGAUUCCUAAUAUUAUUUACAAUUACAUUUAGGGCAACCUUAUUGGCAGUGAACUUGACUUUUACAUAAAAAGUAUAGUUUAUAUCAAAAGGAAUAUUUCUACAAUUAUUAUCAUAUUAUUCAUCUUGACUCAAAAUAUUUCUUAAGAAGAACAAAGAUUUUCACAGAAUUUAUCGCACAUUUACUAUUAUACAAACCAAACAAGUUUUUCUUUUUAUCAUUAACAGUCACGGAAGUAUUAGACCCAUGUGACCUUAGUCAUUUAAGAUCAACUUAUCUAAACCUUAUAAACACAUAAUAUGAGUGAUAAAAUAUAUAGGUAUUUCUUCACAGUCAGUUCAUCUCUACACUAUUUUCUAUUUCCAAAGCCCAAAACAAUACCUGUCACAUAACUAUAGAAUUUAAAUAUUAAAUUUUGUUAAAAAAAGGUAUAAUCAACUAAGCUAACACAGUAAUCAAAAUAUUAACUCCAUUCCUUUAUUAUUCUGCAAGCUUCUUCUUGCAUGAAUUCCAAUUCUAAUCCUUCUUCAGUGAAUGUUAUGUAGAAACUAAAUGGAAAACCCUAUUCUCCUAAAUUCAAAUCUUGA